AGAUUCCAAGACAUUUGACAUUUUAUUAGUAAUAACACUUUUAAGGAACUUAACUAACCUGAACCCUCCUCAUAGGGGAUAUGAUCAGUUACCUUACCAGAGUGAAACCACACCAGCAUCUGAUUUAGCUAGAAUUAAAUAUUAUAGGAACUACCAGGCUCGUGUUGAUGAUGGAAAAAUUGACAAUGCAUCCUUCGUCAGUGCAUGGGACAAUCUGUCUGGGGCCAUUGCAAGAUUAGGUGGAAUACCAAUGUCUCAGGAGUGUGAUCAACUGAGAACUAAAACUCUAGACCAGAGCAGCCAAGAAAUAAUGUUAGACAUCAAACGUUCUAAUGAUGAAAUUUAUGAAAUGAAAAAGUCAAUGGAAAGUUUGAAAAAAGCCUAUGAAGGAAUCACAAACGAAUUUCUUGAAUUUAAGUCUACUCAGAGGAAGAACAUCCCUUGGAAUGUUGGAGAUAGGCUUCUUCAUCUAAAUAGAAUUAAAAGUACAUCUGAAUUCAAGAUGCUGCUAUCGAAAGGAACGUAUGCCUCAUAUGAAAACCGGGUGUAUUUAGCAGGAUCGGUUAAUACAGGCAAGAGUACUCUCGCUAGUGUCCUGAUAGGUGACCAAAUUCGAGAAGAUUGGAAGUCUACAGAUGGCCUCAUUAUACAUUUUGGUAGAAAUGGGAUAGACAUAGAGGCAAGGAAAAUGAUUCCAUUAAAAAAAGGUAGUGCUGGCCAUGAUGUUUUUGCAAAACUGCUUCGUGGAAAUCCUGAGAUAAAGUGUUCAGAAGAACAAACUGAUCUGCCCAGCAGUAAAUCAGCCCAGGGUGGUACAGAAGUAAUCUAUAAUAGAAAUUAUGAUAAUGAUCAGACAGAGGAGACAACAGAAGAAGGGUCAAUGAGGUUGGAAGUAUCGAUCCAGGAAGAUAUGCUGAAAGAAAUAUUAGAAGGAAAUUACAAGAUGAAUAUUGCUCCUUCUGACCUGGUUGAUUUUGGAGGGCAAAAGUCUUUUGAUAUGACACAUCAAUUAUUCAUUCAAAGUAAAGGCACCUUUGUGCUGAUGUUUGAUGGAAGAUAUGGUUUAAACGAUGCUUUGGAAGAUUAUAAACCAAAUGAUGUAACAACAGUUUCAAUUCUGACGCAUUGGAUCGACUCCAUUUUGACCUACUGUGUAGACACAUCAGUUGAUGAAUCCAAACUACCAAAGAUAUUGUUUGCAGCAACACAUGGCGACUUUUAUAAUCAAGAUGAGCUUGAAAUGAGGAAGGCGAUGUACAUUGGAGAGUUGACGAAGCUGUUUUCUUCAAAUGAUCUCAAAGAACAUAUAAUCUACCAAACUCUCUUUUUUAUUGAUGCAAGAAACAAAGAUGACCCUGAAAUACAUCAACUUACCACGCAUUUGGUGGAUAUUGCAUUUAAGCAACCAUCUUGGGGUCAGCCAAUGCCGGUCGCAUGGGUUCCUUUGGAGAUACAGUUAUCAGAGAUGAAAAGCGCCAGGAUCUGUAAAAACUUUGUAAAAAAGUCUGAAUUACAGGGUUACAACUUACAGAAUGAUGAUUUCGUUCUUACGGAUUCUCAGUUUGAGAAUUUUCUUAAAAAACAGCAUUCCCUUGGGAAACUUCUGUACUUUGGAGAGCAUGGUAUCGAUGAUUUUAUAGUUAUUCAGCCAUCAGCUCUUGUAAAUGUGUUGAGAUCCUUUGUAACUGAUGAAAUGUUUUGGCCAAAAGACAAAGAAAUUAUUGACAUUUUGCCAAAUUUAAGUAAGACGGGAGUGAUCGAUAGAACUGAUCUAUAUAAAUUAUGGGAACAAAAGCAUUUUAAAAAACUCAUACCAACUGAGGACCUGAGGAAGUUUAUCAUUGAAGUCCUCAUUCAUCUUGACAUACUUGUGGAACCAAAGCAUUAUAGUGGAGCAGAACGAUCAGCUGAUUUUUUCUUAGUACCUUGUAUGAUAAAGGAAAAGGCACCUAGCUCCUUCCUUCGUACGGAGGAAAUGAACGAAAAAGCGAUAUGUCUGUGUUAUCGCCUGAAAAAGUCAUCUGUUCCAGCAGCGCUGUUUUUCAAGCUUAUAGGUUCAGCAUUAAAUGUACUGCCAAUCAAAGAAACCGAUGGACGUCCAUGCCUUUACUACAAAGCUGCUGUAUUAUCUGUUGAUAAUGAUAAUGAGUGCAGAAUACACAUGGAAGGCAGCAGAAUAGUUGUAAAUCUGAUAAAUAGGGCAUCAAGAUUACAAAUAUUACCAGAUAUAGCAGCAAGUAUCCAAGAAUGUCUUACUUUGACACUAACAAACGUACUACACUUUUAUUAUACCUGCAUGGGAAAGGAUAUAAAACAAUUUGACAUUUUGAAGUUAUUUGACAAAGAAGUUGGCACUCCUUGCGGCAAGGGAUUUUGUUUUAUUCCUUUAAAUGAAGCAAUGAAAAAGAAAACAUGGACUUGUGAAAAUAAAACAGUCCAUACUACAGACCUGCUAUUGAACUGGAUGUUGGAUGAGACUAUUUGUAAAGAAGAAUGCCCACCUGACUGUAGUGGAAUACCGACAGCAGUCUUAAUUGAAAGUCCUAGUGAAAAACAUCUCAUAAGACUAGCUUCAGUAUUGGAUAUCACAAUGUUCCAUCAUUUCUUCCUGCAUCUUGGAAUGGAGACAAAAGACUGGCACAACAUUCAGUAUACAUACUGGCAGCCUGUGGAUGCUAUGUUUAUGGCAUUAAUGACAUGGAGAGACAAAGGUUCGAUGGUAACAUUCAAGAAGAUCUUAGAUGCCUUUGAAAAGGUGGAGGACAAUCAGCAUCAUUUAUGCAAGGUAUUGAAAGAACAGCCAGGAUUACCAGAAAUAGCUGGCUUUGGAUUUGAAGAUACUCCUUCAGAAAGUUUUCUGUCAACACUGCCAUACAAGUUAGGAUAUUGUGUGCUUCCUCUAGGCAUUGAAUUGGGUUUAAGAAUUGCUGAUAUAGAGUCAGUAUUCGUUAGACAUCAAAAGCAAUUGUUUUCGCAGGUAUAUGAGGUCCUGAAAAUAUGGAAACAGAAAACUCCAGAGAAUACUUAUUCAAAUUUAAUGCUUGCAAUUCAGCGUGUUAGAGGAAAACAAUUUCUAAAACGAAAUUUUGGUUGUGAUAACUGAGAUUUGCGAAGCAGUCGUACGGAUAUGAUGAUGUAAGAGGACUGUGUGAAGAUAUAUAUGGACUAAGUAGUCAGCUAUUUUUUUUUUACAAUUUUUAACUAUCAUUGAAUUGGCAAACUUAAACGAAACGAAACAAUUAAAGCUAGAAUUAGAGUAAAGCUAUAUUACUCAACUAUAAUCUACUUUCUUUAAUAAUUUUCUUUGUUUAUUUUUUCCGCUUUCUGAUAUCUUUUUGUAUGGUUUAUGAUGUAUGUAACAUGAAAUGAUUACUUUGUAACUGGUAAAUACCAUCAACUGAUUGGCUCACAAGGCAAAACAGUUAUACAAGAGAGAUUUCAUUGUAGAUAUGACAAAUCAAAAGAUGUAAUCAGAGUAGACAAUGAGCAGAGUUGAAAAUGUCAAAUAUUAAUUAAUUAUCCUGCUGAAUUAAUUUGUAUUAGAAAUCCUUUUUAAACUAUUUGAUCAAAAUUUUGUAUUGUUUAUAAAAUGAACAGUUGAUUACUAAAUUUAUCAUGUGAAAUGUGAUGAAAUGUUUUUGUUGUAAGCUCAACUGGUCUAAAGGCCAGUGUUAUCUUUUCCCAUCACUCGGUUUCUGUCGUCCGUUAACUUUUACAAAAAUCUUCUCCUUUGAAACUACUGGGUGAAUUGGAAAUAAAAUUGGCCAAACUCAUCAUUUGGGUAUAUUUGUUUCAAAGAUGCGUUUGAUGAUCUCACCUGCCAGCUAACUUGGUCGAUAUCUCUAAAAUUUGAACAUACGGGACAAAUGCAUGUUUGCCUAUUGUCUACAGUUAAAGAAAAUCUGACGUGCCAAACGUUUAGAAUAUCAAGAUGUACCGUACAUUCUAUCCAAUUUGUCGAAACAUGAAUGUCGACUCCUUAAAGGACUUUAUGCCUUUAGAAAUUGUUUAGGUAGCAAUAAAAAUAAAUUCAAUUCAAUUUUAUGGAAAAAUGAAGUGAAAUGCAUAUGUUUUUUUUUUAUUUAGUCUACUGAUAGAUAAAUGUCUAUGGUUUCAAAAACUAUAUAAUUCAAAUGGAUUGAAAUUCUACUUUGAACCAAAUUUUAGUCUAUUUGUGACAUUUUCAUCCCACCCCUCUUUUUGCAAUAUUGUGCAUCAAAUAUAUGCAGAGUGUUGCAGAAUGUAUUUCUCCAUUUUAACUAUUUGAAAUCAAAUAUAUAGAAGAUGCUGUUUCCAUGGGAAAAAUGGUGCGCAAUAUAAAUUCAGCAAAAAAGAGAUUGAAGUCAUGAAUUAGUUAACGAUAAUACAGAUAAUGAAAGUGCACAUGGAAGUAGAUGAGCGAUAUAUGCUCUUUAGAGCAUUUUAGUCCUUUUUAUGUACAAAAAGAACUAACUAAAAGAAAAAAUGUGUAUAGAUACUGUUCUAGCUUUGUUAUUAGCAUAUGACUAAUCACAAUAUGUUAAAUAAUAUUAACUGCAAAAAUUUUACAGCACCAUUUGUGCAUUUAUUUAACAUUGACGAUGUCGAAAAAGUGUGAUUUAUGAGUUUGUUAUUAGGUCAGUUUCAGGGCAACGACUAAACUUCAGAUAUGCUCGAGGCAAACUAUUUGAAAAUCCAAACCAUGAUCAAAUUUUCAAAAGCUGAACCUAUGAAUAUAUUUUAUAAAGUUUCAAAGAUAUUUUCUCCUGCCAGAAACAAGGAACAGGAGCUUCUCAUACUACUGGUCAAAUAUAUUAAUGCGCAGGGUAAGUAGAUUAAUUGAUUUGAUCACUGCUUGGUCAAACCGAAGCCGUUACAAGGCCUACUUUUUUACUGACUUCUUAACUUUGAUUUAUUGUGUAUUAUGUUUGUAGUUUAAAAGUCCCAUGACGUCACAAUAAAUGCAUUUUUUGUCGGACCCCUCUUCACCUUUCUUGAAAAACAUAGGUUUUUGGUCAAUUUUCAGGGAGAUGCAAGUACCAACUAAUAAUUUAUCGCAAUGUUGGUAAAUAUGUUAAAUGUUUUUGUUAAACUUGAAUAGAAGCAAUAUAUCUAACUAACAAAUACACGUGUAUAAAAUAUGCAAUGUGUUUGUUAUGUUUGUAGAAAUAUAGGUAUGCCUUCUUCCUACCGUAUAAUCUGAAUCUUCAUAAUAUUUCAAAGAUCCUACAGUUUUAAUUUGUACAUACUUUUUAAUCUAACAUCUCUUGAUUUUGUAAUACUUAAAAUUAAUGUAUGUCAUUAACUUACUAAUUUUCCUCAGUAGAUGUGACAUAUUUGCCGAUGAAACUAUGCUGACAUCCCGCAAACAAUAUAGAAUCGACAGCAACAAGAGUUCAUCUUUUCUUGUCCACCAAUUAUUGCCAUGACUUUGUGAAUUAGUUUCCAUUGUUGGAUCCAAGAUGUGUUCCAGGUGUUGUAUCCCUCCCACUCUUUUUUCGAUUGUGUGAACGUUUCAUGGUGUUCCGGGGGGUUGGACCCCCGCCCUUUUCAAAAUGACUGGAUCCGCACCUGGUUUUGGACGUCCUGUGGCCGUAUUCGUCUUAUGUGUGUAAUCUAAAUAAAAAUCUUCCCAUCUGACUAUACUGGGUCAAUUGAAACUGCAUUAAUUUGAUACGGUGAUUACAAUUAUUCUUUGGGUAUCUAGGAUAUUUGAUCAUGGUGUUCCCGAAGAUCGAAGAUGUACCAACAAAGGUUGCCUUAAAUAAAUUGUUCGGGGUUUAAGAGACAAAAUGGUAAUAUCGUUUGGCUUCAAUUUAAAUGUGUAGCUUGAAUUUAGUGCAAUAAUUAGUCACAAAUAAACUGAAAAUAUUGGUCAGGUAACUUGAAUUUGUCCUAAAUACAGCUGUUGUUGUCAGAGUAAUAAGUGCAGUGUCCGUUUUCCGCUUUUGCUGUUGAUAAUGUAGUGAAAUUUAGAGUAUAAUGAAGAGUUACAAAUUGCUUGAGACUUUUGUUCCUGAUGAACUACAUUUGACUUCAAACAUUUCUGUAAAUAAUGCUUACAAAACUCAUGAAAAUGUCGACUUUCUCCGUCAAGGUCACUUAAGUUAAUGCCUUGAAAUUUGAAACAUAACAUACAUCUUGCAAUAAUAAUGAUUACAUAUUUAAUUAAUACAAUUGAAAGC